CGAACACGGAGCCAGCCAGCAGCAGCCGCGGCGGCGCCGCAGGGACGAGAGCCCAGGGUCAGCCUGGGGUUCUGGCAGCUGGCACGAGCCCUCUCGGCUCCGACCCCACCCCCGGCGUGGAAGAUGCCUGAGCAGAGUAAUGACUACCGGGUGGUGGUGUUCGGUGCGGGUGGCGUGGGCAAGAGCUCACUGGUGCUGCGCUUCGUGAAGGGCACAUUUCGAGACACCUACAUCCCCACCAUUGAGGACACCUACCGGCAGGUGAUCAGCUGUGACAAGAGCGUGUGCACACUGCAGAUCACCGACACUACAGGCAGCCACCAGUUCCCCGCCAUGCAGCGGCUCUCCAUCUCCAAGGGCCAUGCCUUCAUUCUGGUCUUCUCGGUCACCAGCAAGCAGUCACUGGAGGAGCUGGGGCCCAUCUACCAGCUCAUUGUGCAGAUCAAGGGCAGCGUGGAGGACAUCCCAGUCAUGCUGGUGGGCAAUAAGUGUGAUGAGACGCAGCGGGAGGUGGACACCCGCGAGGCCCAGGCUGUGGCCCAGGAGUGGAAGUGCGCCUUCAUGGAGACAUCGGCCAAGAUGAACUACAAUGUCAAGGAGCUCUUCCAGGAGCUGCUCACGCUGGAGACACGCCGGAACAUGAGCCUCAACAUCGAUGGCAAGCGCUCCAACAAACAGAAGAGGACAGACCGCAUCAAGGGCAAAUGCAUCCUCAUGUGAGCCUGGGACACCCUCCUGCCGACAGCCCCUGUCCUGGCCUGUGUUCUGGCCCCACGCCCCUCCCCAUACCACCCUGAAGCCACUCCCUUCUCCUUUCCCUUCCUCUCCUCAUCUCCUCUCUCUCCCUCUCUCUCAUCACAUCCACUUCUCUGCCAUCAUCCAACAUCCCUGAUGAGGACACUCCAAGACCCUGGUGAGCCCUGCAGUUCUGGGGCUCCAAUCCAGCUCUGUCACAUCCCUAUGCCUUCCUCCCCAUCUCUUUGCCCCACCCUCCUGUCUGUACCCCCCAAAGCCAAGUGCUAGAAGUGGCCCCCUCAAUCUGCAUAUGAGAAUAUGGGGACCGAGGACACCAGAUUUUCCCAUCUCUGCCUGUCUCUGUUUCGCCCAGGAUCCCCAUUUCUGUACCUUUCCCUGUGCCCCCAGCCAGACCUGAGAUACCCCCACCCAUUAGAUCACUGUGACCUUGCUGGGGAAGGAGGAGUUGAAAUGCACAUAACUUCAGAUUUUGUUUUCUCCUAUUUGGUGUUUGACAUACACUCCUCCCACUCCCCACCUCCAACCCUCAUGACCUCUGUCUGGCCUGCGCUCCUUGCCCCGGGUCCAGACCACCCCUCUCACUUCUGUCCCUACAGCCUGGUGGGGGAGUAGCUUGCAGGAUGGACUUCAGGCCACCAGGCAGUAACCACAGGGCCUGCAGCAGUGCCCUGCUAGCCCAGAAUCCCACUCCUCUCCCAGCCUGGGCCUGGGGUGCAGGCAGGGGAGGCCCGGGACUGGCCAAUGGCCACAGCACAACUUGGGGACUGCCUGGUGUGAAAAUGGGGGACCCUCCUGAACAUGGCUCGCAGACAAAGAUUGGCACAGCAUAUCACCACUGAGCCCCAGGCGAGGGUCUGGGGUGCUGGGUGGGGUGCCAUGGUCCCUGUCCUAUGGCAAGUGAUCAGACUCACCAGCAGGAUCUGAGGAGGCUAAAGGCAGAGCCCUACCCAGCCCACUUUCUCCCAUCACCUGCACCCCAGAGAGGGGGUCCCUAGGAAGGUGUGUGUCUUGGAAUAGGGGUGUCUGCAACCAUGAGAUCCUGAGUGUUUUGGUGUACGUGUCUAGAUAACUCUACACUCAUGGGACCCUGUGGGGCUAUGUAUGACAAUGAAAGUGACCUGUAGGCUGGG